UCCGGCAGCUUCAGUUUUUUUCCUCCCUGCUGCUCUUGAAGAGGGGCGGGUGCAUGUGGAUCUCCAGGAUUGCCGUGUCAUUGUAUCCAAGGAGGAACGCGUGGUCAGCGGCUCCAGCAGCUCCAGCAGCCGGACCGGUACAAGGUGGUGUGUAAAGUUGGACUUUAAACCCAACAUGGAUACUGAAAUGAGCAGCGAGGUUUCGGACGCUGUAAUGGAAAAAGAGGUUGCCCUGAAAGUGGCGACGCCAGACGAAGCCACGCAGCCUGAGAAGCCACCAGCUGCUGAGGAGGAGCCCAGUCAGCCGACGGUGAACGGCCUCAACUCAGACGGCCCAGAAACAGAGAAUGUGACGCCGCCUGAGGAAAAACCAGAAGCGAAGGAUGACGACAGCUCAGCCAAAGAGGCACAUGAGUCAUGUGAAAAGAUCUCUGACCCAGUUGAAACACCAGAAAACACUAAACAGCCACCGGUGCCAGAGAAUGAGCCAGAGCCGCUGGCAGAGAGCAGCCCUGAACCGGAGCCAGAGAAGUCGGCAGAAUCGGUUCCAGAAGCCGAAACACGAGAGCAAACAUCACCUGAACCGGCCGCCGUGCAGCAGCCAGUGGAUUCGCAGCCGCCGAGCCAGGAGGACGCUGAGAAGGGACCGGAAACCACGAUGGAGCCGAAAAGCGAAGUUGCAGCAGAGCCGAAAGAGGCCGGAGUUGCAGCAGCAGAGCCGAAAGAGGCCGGAGUUGCAGCAGCAGAGCCGAAAGAGGCCGGAGUUGCAGCAGCAGAGCCGAAAGAGGCCGGAGUUGCAGCAGCAGAGCCGAAAGAGGCCGGAGUUGCAGCAGCAGAGCCGAAAGAGGCCGGAGAAGCAGCAGGGACUGUGUUGGUGACCGAACCCGCAACAGUGAAGGUGGAGGAACCAAAAGAAAAUGAAAAACCUGCAGAAGAGGAGGUUAAACCUGAAGAUAAAGGAGCUGAGGCAGCAGCAGAACCCGAGCAGAAAGAAGAUCCAACCCCAGCGUCCGGCUCCUUGUCCUUCGCACUGUUGGAACAGCAACAAACCAAAGACGCCCUGCGAAUCUCCCGCACCCUCGUCGUCCUCAGAGGCCUCCCCGGCAGCGGUAAAAGCUUCCUGGCUCGCGCCAUCGGCAAUGCCUACCAGGACCACUGCUGUGUCAUCAGUGCCGACGACCACGGGAUCAAGCCGGAGAGUCCUUCAGCGGACGGCUACAAGGCUCUGGAUGAUGCAGUGGUCGCCCGAUGCAGCGACGCGGCAGCUUCCUCCUCCGUGCUCAUCGUGGUGGACGACACCAACCACACCCAGGACCGGCUGGCCCGCCUGGGCGAGAUCGCCGAGCAGAACCACCUGGUGGCCAUCUUCCUGCAGACCCAGACCCAGUGGAGCAGAGAUGUUCCGGAGCUGAGCAAAAAGAGCAAACAUGGGCUGCAGGAGGCCCAGCUGGAGGCCAUGAAGGCCCCACUGGAGGAGGUGGACCUGCCCCUGUUCUUCGGCUGGUUCCUGCUGUCGUCGGUUCAGGAGAAGGUUCGCUGCACGUCGAUGGACUUCCUGAAGACACUCGACACCCUUGAGGCCUUCAAGAAGCACCUCGCCGACUUCACGGGAAAAGCUGAGAAGGAGGUGGACCUGGAGCAGUACUUUAAACCCAAAGGAGCUCUGCACUGCACUACAAAGUUCUGCAACUAUGGAAAAGCUGAGGGUGCCAAAGAGUACGCAGAGAAUCCAGCUGUUAAAGCGCUCUACGGUUCUGCCUUCGAGGUCUCCCUCACCGCCCUCUUCGUCACUCCUCGGACCGUCGGCGCCCGAGUGUCGCUGACCGACGAGCAGCUCCAGCUGUGGCCGGCCGACGCCGAGCAGUCCUCCUCCCUGCCGCCGGGCAGCCGCGCCCACAUCACGCUGGGCUGCGCCGAGGGCGUGGAGCCGGUGCAGACGGGCCUGGACCUGCUGGACAUCCUGGCGCUGCAGCAGGACGGCCAGCAGGGGGAGCCGGCCGAGGAGAUGGAGCUGGGCUCGCUGACGUACUACGGCGAGGGGAGGUGGCUGCUGAGCCUGAGGGAGCCCAUCGGCGCUCCGGCCUGCUUCUCCAGCUUCUACGGCCGCAAGGAGCCGGAACCGACCAAAAAAGAACCGGAGAAGAAGAAGAAGCCAAAGUGCGCCAUACUGUAAAGGGCAGGACGUGGCGGCGGGGAUGUGUGGUCUGCAGGUGGAUCCCAACUCAGCCGGGUUCGGGUUCCACGAGCUGUGUGCCUUUUUUUUCCUUCUUUAUUUUGUUGUUGUUUUUACCGUUGAUUUUUUUGCACCACAACCCAAGAUGCCUUUAAUCCGGUUGGGCUCGUCGUCGCUAUGGUUCGGUAUUUUCAGCACCCGGUGGUCCCGCUGAGGUCUCGUUUAGCUGCAGUGUGACGUAGAGUAGCCGCCUCCACUCCCACAGCUCCACAGUAACCCCUAGACUCUCUCCUCUCAGUGUUCCAGUACUCAAACGUGAUAAUAAACUAGCUUGCAUGCAUCAUUAACUCACCUGCAGACAGUCUGGAGUCGUCAGUAGCAUUUCCGUGUGUGUGUUUGAGCAGCGUAGGAAGUCAUUGACGGUAGCAUCGGGCCGAAGUUAUCUAUUUGAUGAAGUGUAUUAGAAUGAAUGUCAUCUAUAGAGAUCCUUCCCUGUUGAGUCUUUGCACUGUGCAUCGUUUGAAGGGGAGAAUGCUGUUUGGCGUUUGUUUUUAUUCCAGCAGUUUGCACUUAUCAGACGCUGUGAAUCCAAGUCCGUGUUGCGCAAUCUUUCCCUCUGCUGCGCCAGACCGCACCGUCGAUUCCUUUUAUCCUCUUUGAAAAGCACUUCAUGUAUUGAUUUGUAUCCUCUGUGAUUGUAAUUUUUUGAAGGGCGAGUCUGCGCGGCUCUUACGAAUCACUAUUUUUGCACUUGUUUUGUACACUUAAUAAAAAAGAAACAUGCUUUGCUCCAGUAA